GAGCAACCAGUAGAACUGCACAACAGCAGGGUGGAGAGGGAGGGGGAGAGAGAGAGAGAGAGAGAGAGAGAGAGAGAGAGAGAGAGAGAGGGGAAAUGGGUUCACCGGCGCCGCGCCGUCCUCUAGCUCUCGCCUGGUUCAUCCUCAUCUGUUCAUCCUUCUGGGCAGCAAAUGGGAUGUACGGCAGGGUCCGUAUGGCGGCGGCGGAGGAGGGGGAGGGCAGGAGGAUGCGGCUGCACACCGACGGGAGCCGCGGCGACGCGCACGCGUGGCCGGGGUACCUCUACACCCGAGCAGUUGGGAGAUGCACACCCCAAUUCUGGAGCAGUGGAGCUGAGCCAUGGCCCAACAUCGCGCCUCAGGAAGCAGCUGUCUCAAAGGUCUUUGGCUCUAGGUCGGUUGAGAGGUACGGGCCACGCCUCACCCUGCUGGAAGCAACCAUGAGAACAGACGACAUUGGCGGCAGUGCCUUUGUCAAGCUGGUGAAGCAAGGAAGUGCUGCUCUCCUUAAUGCCUACACGAGGAGGGGUUUCCCUUUUGAUUCCUGGGAGGUGAAGGCCUUGCUGUUAGAGGCACUAGUGUCUGAGGAGGCUGCCGCGGUUCAAGCAGAGCGAUUUGAGCAGGCGAACCAGUCUUGCAUUUGAUGAAUGAAAUGAUGAUGAUGCUGGAGCUUCUGUCCCUGCUUGGAAGCUGUAUCAGAAGGGCGAUAGUGUAUUGUGUUUGUAGUAGGUCACCACUUCUGUGACUUUGGGUGUUGAGGUCUCUGAAGAGGGAUAAAAUCUGUAGUACAUGGUUAUGUGCACUGAUGGCUUUCAUGUAAUGUUACGUGCACUGAUGUGUAGACCCUAAUGUAUGCACUGUACUUUUGGUUCUGCAUCGUCAAUGGAAGUUCUGUAUUGUCGCA